CGUUUGCGGACGUGCCAUCAACGUCGGCGAGUCGACCGGUUGACUGUGACGUGUGCCCGGUGCCGUGGCAAGUUUUUGAUUACAAGUGGUACGCGAUGGAGCUCAUGGGGAGGUUAUUCUGCCUAUUCCUCAUGUUCGCCGGCUCGAAUGCCGGCGGCCCGAUCCUAGUCCUGCUUGACAAUCUCGCGAUCAAGGAGACUCAUUCGAUAUUCUUCAAAAUGUUGCAGGAUAGCGGUUAUGCAUUGACUUUCAAGUCAGCUGACGAUGCAACUUUGCAGCUCUCCAAGUAUGGCGAAUAUUUAUACGAACAUCUGAUAAUAUUUGCACCUACAGUGGAAGAGUUUGGUGGUGCUCUGAGCGUAGAUGCAAUAACAGAAUUUAUAGAUGGCGGCGGAAAUGUUCUGGUUGCUGGCUCUUCACAAUCUGGCGAUGCUGUGCACGAAUUGGCUUCAGAAUGUGGCUUAGAGGUAGACGAGGAGGGCUCCACUGUAAUUGAUCAUAUGAACUAUGACGUUUCUGACAGUGGCCAACACACUACUAUAGUAGCAGAUCCAGCAAAUUUGAUAGAUGCUCCAGUUAUUGUUGGAAGCAAGAACAUCCCUCCAUUGUUAUAUCAGGGAACUGGAUUGAUCGCGGACACGGAUAAUCCGUUAAUUUUACGCUUAUUAUCAGCGUCCACUUCGGCAUAUACCUAUUAUCCGGAUCAACCAGUCAAAGAGUAUCCACACGGUGUUGGCAAAAAUACUUUGCUAGUAGCAGCUCUGCAGGCAAGAAAUAAUGCCCGAGUUCUGUUCUCAGGAUCGCUGUUUUUCUUCAGUGACGAAGCAUUUACCAGUCCUAUUCAAAAAGGACAAGGUGGUCAGAGAUAUGAAAAGUCUGGUAAUCAGCUGGUAGCCAAGGCCAUGGCACAAUGGGUGUUCAAGGAGAACGGUGUUAUACGCGUAUCGUCCGUUCACCAUCAUCGGGUUGGCGAAACGCAGCCGCCGGCCGCGUAUACAAUUAUGGACAACGUGGUGUACUCGAUCGAAGUUGAGCGGCUGUCAGACGGUAAGUGGGUGCCUUACGAGACGAAUGAUCUCCAGUUGGAAUUUGUGCGAAUCGAUCCAUUCGUGCGUAUGACCAUGAAACCGGUGGGGAACGGCCGCUACGAGGGUAGAUUUAAAAUCCCUGAUGUGUACGGGGUAUACCAAUUCAAAGUGGACUAUACGCGCAUCGGACUAACGCAUCUUUACAGUACAACACAAGUAUCCGUGCGCCCAUUGCAGCACACGCAAUACGAACGGUUCAUACCGAGCGCGUUUCCUUACUACAUAAGCGCGUUCUCCAUGAUGGCCGGCGUGUUCCUCUUCUCCCUUGUACUGCUGCAUUACAAAGAAGACACGAAACCGAAGUCCGAAUAACGUCCUGACGCUCACAGACGUUAUCAUUUAUCGUCAUCCAAUUGGAUAUCCUUUCUCAAAGGCUGCAGUAUCACUUCUUUUUGUUUUCUAGAAAGUGUGAUACUCCAGGAGAAUUCAAAAGGUAGAAAGUUCACAAUUUUUAAUACUACUUAAUUAAUAUCGUUCUCAGCCUUAGCGUGUGCGAUUUUCGGUAUCAGUGUUGUUUUUUGAUGCAGCAUUUUGAUGCAGCUAGAUAGAUAACGCUAUGUGUCCUAAAAAUUGCAUUCCUAUAUGUAUGUACAUGUUAAGAUUUUAUAAUGUUUCUCCAAAAGAAAAAAAAUUGAAAUUUUCACGAAAGUUUAUAUUUGUUCCCACAUUUCUUUAAAAGACAGAACACUGUAUAUAUAAACUAUUACCAUAGAGUGUAUGUAAGAUUGUACCAAGAGAGCAUUAUAAUCGGGAUAAAUAAACACUACAAAUUA